UCGUCCCGGAGCGCUCGUCUGGAAAAUCUUGUGGAACAACAAAACAUCGGGCGAAUAUUUUUAAUCCUUUCCUAUCCAUAACCGGCUCCUUAUUGAGGUGUCUGCUCGGCGGGGGGGAGGCCGGCUCUUCUGGUCGCCGUAUAUAAAGUUCGAGGCUCAUUAUGGAGAACAGCGGGAUGUUUCAGGACCCGGUUUCCCAUCAAGAGACGGGAUAGGACUCAGUUUAACGUCGAGCUUCGGCUUUGUCAACCCAGAAGAAAAGGUCCGGUUUAACUCGUUAUUACACUCUUUACUACGAAGUCCGCCGGCGGGAUAUCGUGUAAUACAUCAGUAUUUAGUUAUGAACAGCUCGGUCGUGCCUGUUUUUACCGCUUGAAGGAAAUGGCUUUGAGAAAGUGCUGAGUCGAGUUUAAAGACCUCAUCGAGAAUAAUGAAGGCGCCUCUCGCUCCGGGCAUCAGGCUCAUCACCUCCUUCUCCAGAGACUCCUGGUACCGAGGUUUCAUUCUCUUUCUGACCUUCCUCUUCUACACUGCCUACCAUCUGUCACGCAAACCCAUCAGCAUCGUGAAGAGCGAGCUGCACAGAAACUGUUCCACCGUCAUCCGACCGGCCAACCUGAACAUAACCAACAAUGUCACCUGGUGCGACUGGCAGCCCUUCGAUCAGGACAACUACCAGACGUUGUUCGGGGUGCUGGACAACUCCUUCCUGGUGGCCUACGCCAUCGGCAUGUUUUUCAGUGGGAUAUUUGGGGAGCGCCUGUCCCUGCGGUACUACCUGAGCUUCGGGAUGGUGAUGAGUGGAUUGUUCACUUCACUGUUCGGACUGGGGUUUUACUGGAACAUCCACUCGCUGGGGUAUUACGCCUUCGUCCAGAUCAUGAACGGGCUCAUGCAGACCACCGGGUGGCCCGCCGUGGUGGCGUGCGUCGGAAACUGGUUCGGAAAGGGGAAGCGCGGCUUCAUCAUGGGGGUGUGGAACUCCCACACCUCGGUGGGAAACAUCCUGGGCUCGCUCAUCGCCGGAGCCUUCGUGUCCUCGUCCUGGGGUCUGUCCUUCAUCGUCCCCGGAAUCAUCAUCGCCUCCACCGGCGUGCUUUGCUUCUUCUUCCUGGUUGAGAAACCCGAGGACGUGAACUGCACCACUCCUCAGCACCAUAGCGAACCGGAGAACCGCGAGACGGAGCCUCUGCUGCAGAACUCGUCCAGCUCGGAGGGGCUCAUCAACGGCGCCAUCAGCGGCGAGCCGCAGGAGGUCACGGAGGAGCACAGCAAGGCCAUCAGCUUCUGCGGGGCGCUCAGUAUUCCUGGCGUGGUGGAGUUCUCUCUCUGCCUGCUGUUCGCCAAACUGGUCAGCUACACUUUCCUCUACUGGCUCCCGCUCUACAUCUCCAACGUCGCACAUUUCGACGCCAAAGAAGCCGGAGACAUGUCGACUCUGUUCGAUGUUGGAGGAAUUCUGGGAGGCGUCAUCGCGGGCCUCAUUUCAGACUACACCGGGGGCAGAGCCACCACCUGCUGCGUCAUGCUGAUCUUCGCCGCCCCGAUGCUUUUCCUCUACAACGCUUUUGGACAGAGGAGUCUGGCUACAACAAUUGGCAUGCUGCUCGUGUGCGGCAGCCUGGUGAACGGACCCUACGCCCUCAUCACCACCGCCGUCUCUGCUGACCUGGGAACGCACGAGAGCCUGAGAGGAAACUCCAGAGCGCUGUCGACAGUCACAGCCAUUAUUGACGGCACUGGAUCAAUAGGCGCUGCGUUGGGUCCUCUGUUCGCCGGCUUGAUUUCUCCCACCGGCUGGAACAACGUCUUCUACAUGCUCAUCUCCGCGGACAUCCUGGCCUGCCUGUUUCUGCUGAGACUCGUUUACAAGGAGGUGCGAGGUUGGUGUGGACACGUCCCUCGAGCCAGACGGUUCAAGGAAAUCUGAAGUACAACGGACUGAAGUCGCCUGGAGGCGGCGUGGAAGUGGCCUUAGCAACAUACUGGAAGCCCAGCCAACCGCUGGAGUUUAAAAAAAGCACAACUUGAAGCCUUUUUAUUGUAAAUCACAGAUCAGAGAUGUCUACAAAGAGACAGGGUCCAUGUUUUUUACUAUAAAUAAUCUUAUCAUUCUGACAGUUUUAAUAUUCCUUUAUCAAUAAAAUCAGUGAACUGGGA